ACGGCUACGAUACCCAUUGCCCAACUAGUCACUUCGUGCAGCAGCAGGUUUACGAGGAGAACCCCGGCGGCGGCGCAAAGCGGAGAGACCAAGGAGAGAGGCAAAGAUGUCGAAGCGACAGGGUCCCCCGAAGCACCAGAACACCUACGCAUGGAAGCCCAAUCUCGGCCGGAAGAUCAACGAGACUGAGCCCGGCGGCAGGUUCCGGCCUUUGUCGGAGAUCACCGGCGUCUGCCAGCGCUGCCGGGACCAGAUCGACUGGAAGCGCAAGUACGGCAAGUACAAGCCAAUUGUUGAGCCCACAAAAUGUCAGAAGUGCAGUAAACGGAACGUCCGGCAGGCAUACCACAACGUCUGCACGGGUUGCUCCAAGGACCUUGGGAUUUGUGCCAAGUGCUGCACUUCUGUUAAGCAGCUAGUUGGAAGGGAUGCCGAAGAAGAGGACACUGAGCGCAAAGCACUAGAGGAGGCAAUCAGAUAUGCUAGGGAGAGGGAACGCCGCACACUUCUUCGCUUUAUGAACAAAAGCAAGGAUGGGGACAGCGGGCCUUCGGUCCCCAAGAUUGCCGACAGAGAUCGAGAAGGCGACCUUUUCCCUGUUGCAUCCCUUGACGAAUAUGCUGAACAAGCUAUACAAAAAGAUGAUUCUGAUGAAGAGGCCAGGGAUUUUGUAGAAGAUUAAGUUCUCAAGGUUUGGUACUGAAAGGAUUUUUAGCUUUGCGUGGUAUUGUUCUUUCUGGUUAUUCUCACUCACCAGAGGAAUACCGAUACUUCUUUAUCGGAUAUGUGUCGCUUAUCAGAUCUUGAUGUUUUAUCAUUGUGUUUACAAGCACCCUCUCGACUGUGCUUCUCCAAGUGUAGGAAUCUGAGGCUGUAUUAUAAUUUAUAUUGCGGUUCUGGAAAAGAUAUCGUUUUGAAAAGGAAAAGAAAACACUGGAUGUGAUUGUGGUAUA